AUGAAGCCGGCUUCUCAGUUCCAGCAGAGCUCUGGUUUUUCCGUCCCUCUCGGAGCCGCAAGAACACGGCGUGGCUGGGCAGCCAGGUAUGCACAGCUCACCGACCCCCGGGCCGCCGUCGGCGCCCGCCAUCUUGAACCCUCGGCUCUCCGCGGCCUCGCCGACGCCUCCUGUCCUCAGCCUUGUCCAGACCCUGGCUGCUUCUGCCAGGAGAAGAGUCCCCACCUCACCCACCCACCCAUGUGCUUGAGGAGCAGUGAAGCAAGUGAUAAGAGGGAGCCCUUGCGGCUCAGGGUGGGCUGGCAGAGCCCCAGGGCCAUCCCCACGCAGCCCCUUCCAGAGGCCCUGGAGAAGGUCAAGAGGCCUCCAGCUCCUCAAGUGUCUCUUGAGUCUGUGGUGCUGUCAGACAUGUCCAAACGGCUCCGUCCAGAACCACACCCUCUGAGCACACCCUCGGGUUCAGUCCUCUAA